UUCCCCAGAUUCCCUCAACCACGGCGACCACGGCCGGGACUAGAGCUAGAGAUCAUGGCUGCUCGCUGCCCCAUCUGUCUUCAUGUGUGCACAUAAAUAGGUUAUGUUUUGUGUGUUGUCUGUGGACCAGUUUAGACUUUUCCGAUAGCUGAUGGUAAGGUUAGAAUAGAAAGAGGAGAGCUGCUUCCACUGCACAAGAUACACAAGACUGCGUUAUGGGCAUCUAUGGCCUCAGCUCGUUCUUUCGCCAAAAUCCAGAACUUUCUGAACUGAAGUACCUUCACGACACGAAACUCGUCAUUGAUGGAAGCAACCUGGUUUACAUGAUCUAUUUAUCAUCUAACCUGGAGUGUGUAUAUGGAGGUGACUAUGACAGGUAUGCAGAAGCAAUCCGAGACUACUUCGCCAUCUUUAAGAAGUGCAACAUCGAAGUCGUCAUAGUGUUUGAUGGUGGCUAUGACAUUUCCAACAGCAAACUCAAGACAUGCCAGCAGCGCAUGCAACAACGUCUUUCUGCUGCAAAACAUAUUGCAAAGACUGGAUGUGGCUCUCGUAAAGUUCUACCAAUACUGGCACAUGAGGUCUUCAAAGACAUUGCUCGUGAACUUGGCAUCCCCAUUGUGCAAUGUCACUUCGAGGCUGACGAAGAGAUUGUAGCCAUUGCCAAUCACCUUGGCUCCCCUGUUGCAAGUCAAGACAGUGAUUUUUACAUAUUCGACAUCAAAGCAGGAUUCAUCAGGCUGGAUUUCAUUGCAGAAUCUGUGUGCACACAAGUUGUAAAUGGUGCCGAGGUCAACUGCUUGUCAUGCCAGUGGUAUCACAUUGACAACCUGCUUUGUCAUUUCCCAGGUUUUAAGCAUUCUCUUUUACCAUUUUUUGGAACACUUCUUGGCAAUGACUUUGUGGAUGCUAAAAUGUUUGAAAACUUCUGCAGCCGCCUAAAAUGUCCUAAACAACGUGGUCCUAGACGAAAACUCUACAUCUGCAAGCAACACACAAAAAUGAUUGGACUUCUGCACUGGUUGAGUUCUGUAGAUGAAAACAAUGUUAUCACUGAAGUGUUGAGUACACUGAAAAGUAGUAAGCGGGAGGAGGCUAGAAAAAUCAUUGCUGAUAAUGUAGAAAGAUACACAAAGUGCAAAUCCUCUUUUGCAGAGCACUUGAUGGAGAAUGGUCCAGUUACGUUUUCCUUUGCAUCUGGUACACCAUUUCCUUCUUGGUUUACAGAAAUGCUUUUCAGUGGCAAAGUGAGCCCAUAUGUCAUUAAUGUUGCGGUCAUACGUAGGGUGUUCCAGCUGGUGCAGGUAGACUGUUUUGAGAAGCCAAGCAGCUAUAUUUGCUCGCUCACUCUACGACAGGCUUUGUAUGGUAUAAUAUUAGGAUCUGACAGCAAGAGAAAUAUUGGCCAAAAUACAGUUGAAGAAUUUGACCGUGAGGGAAGGAACAUGAAAAGGUUCUAUGUUGAGCCUUGUUUUAAUGUUCCAUGUUAUGGAGAGUUGCCAGAGCUAUCUGACAUUCCUGGUAUGGAUUUGCAGUCAAGACAGAUGCUCUUGAGGUGCCUUUUGAAGUGUGAGGAUAUAAACCUACUAUGUGCUGAGCCACUGCAACUUGUGCUCUUUGUUAUUCAUUUCUGGCUGCGAAACUCCACAGAAUCAACAAAUGAGAAUCUCUUGAGAUCAUUGUUACUUUCUAUGGUACUGCUUCGGCUGUCUUCCGAGAGUAAAGAAUCUUUAGCGAAACAUGAUCCAAAGCUGUGCGCACCUUCUUGCAGCAAACAGAUGUCUGAUGGACUGCUCAAUACCAGGGUUAUCCUGACUGUAUCGGAUAUACCAGAUGAGGUUGCUCUAAGUGCAAUCAGAAACUUCUCAAAGUAUUUUUCUCGCCCUUUGCACAAUCAUGCCCGUCCCUUUGACUCUGAGCUGACCUACUCCUGCAGUCAGUUCCAAACAUGCCUUUUGUUUACAAGGUACAUCAAUAGAAUCUUACAAAUGCCAUAUACCGACACUGAAAUCCAUUUCACACUUAACGGAACAUUUCUGUACAACUUUACUAAAGAGCUGGACUCUCGUGUACAGCCAGACUUGUUUAUAUCAGAGUACUUAGGAAGAGGUUCUAUGUUGGACACAGCUUUUUCAAAGUUCUAUAAAAUGUUCAGAGAAACUGUUCCAGAUGAAUAUUUCAAAGAAAAGAGUAUGACUGCAAAGCCAAAGAAGCGUGCCUCCAAGCACAAAACGCUUGCGAAAGACUUGGAAUGUGACACCGUUUCUUUAUCAAAUCGUUUUGGAGUAUUAUUGUAAAUCAGUGUAUUUGUAUGGAAUAGCAACAUUUGGAAAUCUGUAUAUAUUGCCUUUUGUGGUAUUUACAGACUGAAAACUUUCAGCAAGUGUAAAGUUGCUGUUACUUACUAAUUGUGCAACUUGGACGCAUAAAAUGCUGAAAACUGA